AUGCUCAUUGCUCCACCUUGGGUUUAUCUUACUUCUCUUACGCAAAAUGCCGGAAUACCAUUUAAAAGUUGCUGGAGAACUGCAUUAUUGAAUAAUAAUGAACAAACUUUUUAUUUAUUUGGUGGAUUCAUGCGUAAUAAUCUAAAUCAAGACGCUUUUGUUUCAAAUGUUCAUUCAUUUAAUUUAAAUUGCUUAUCGUGGAGUAUACCUUAUAUCGAAGGAACCACACCAGAAAGACGAAGUAUGAAGGGUGUUAUUGAUAAUACUGGAAAAAUAUAUAUUUUUGGUGGAUAUAUUGAUAAGACUUUAGCUAGUAAACCAACUACGCAAUAUUUUACCGUAACUAUGUUAUCUAAUGGAGCUAUUGUAUAUAUUGGAGGUUUAGUGUUAAUAGAGGACACUCUAAGAAUAGUUGAUAUUAAAAAUAUUAAUUUAUAUGAUACAAAGUCUCAAAUUUGGUCU